AUGGAAGCCACAGCCUGUAAUGAAUCAGAGAGUUUUUCACCCAUCUUCUAUCUUGUGGGCAUCCCUUCUCUACAGGAGUUUCUCUUCCUCCCUGUCUUCUUUAUUUUCUUGCUCUUCUACCUCCUCAUUCUUGUGGGUAACAGCUUGAUUCUGGUGGCUGUGGUGGUAGAACCCAGCCUCCACAAGCCCAUGUACUUCUUCCUGAUCAAUCUCUCUGCUCUGGACAUCCUUUUCACUACAUCCACUGUCCCUAAGAUGCUGUCCCUGCUCCUACUUGGAGACCACUUCCUCAGCUUUCCUGCCUGCUUCCUACAGAUGUACCUCUUCCACAGUUUCUCCUGCUCAGAAGCCUUUAUCCUGGUGGUCAUGGCCUAUGACCGCUAUGUGGCUAUCUGUCGCCCAUUGCACUACUCUGUCCACAUGACCCCACAGACCAAUGCUGCACUGGCAGCCAGUGCCUGGCUCACUGCUCUCCUCCUGCCCAUCCCAGCAGUGGUGCAGACUUCCCAGAUGGCGUUUGACAGCACUGUUCAUAUAUACAACUGCUUCUGUGACCACUUGGCUGUAGUCCAGGCCUCCUGCUCUGACACCAGCCCCCAGACCUUUAUGGGCUUUUGCAUUGCUAUGGUGGUAUCAUUCCUGCCCCUUCUUCUGGUGCUUCUCUCCUAUGCCCACAUCCUGGCCUCAGUGCUUCGUAUCAGCUCCCAAGAAGGGCGUUCAAAAGCCUUCUCUACCUGCAGCUCUCACCUCCUGGUAGUCAGCACCUACUACUCAUCCAUUGCCAUAGCCUAUGUGGCCUACAGGGCUGACCUGCCCCUCGACUUCCACAUCAUGGGCAAUGUGGUGUUUGCCAUUCUUACACCUGUUCUUAACCCCCUCAUCUAUACUCUGAGGAACAAGGAUGUCAAAACAGCCAUCACCAAAAUGGCAUGUCCCCAGGACCCACAAUAUUCUGGGGCCCUUGAUCCUUAG